ACGACCAUAAUACUUAACAAGGGUGACAAGGAACCAGGUCUGCAAUGGGCAGUGGGGGGCCCGGCGGGGCUUUAACGCCGCAGCCCUGGGCACGGAGCACCCCCAUCCGGAGAAGAGCAGUUUGAUCGGGGAGCAAAUCCUGCGGCUGGGGUCCUGGGGAUGAUGAGUGCCGGCUUAGGGCAGGGCUUCAGCUGCUGUUAGUGAGCAUGUGCGGCCCCUCCAGGCAUGCUCAGCAAUAAAAAGGAAGCCACAGCGGCUCGAGGGAGCAGAGUCAGACACCAGACCAGUCUCGCUGCCGAGGUCCAGGGGAGGCAGCGCGGUGUGCUGGCCACAGGGGCUCACUCUGCAGCUCCAUGGCAUCCCCAAAGAGAUUGCAGGGUCUCACAGCAGCUACAAUCACUCCAAUGACUCCAGAUGGAGAAAUUAACCUCUCUGUGAUUGGGCAAUAUGUGGAUUAUCUUGUAAAAGAGCAGGGUGUGAAGAACAUUUUUGUGAAUGGCACAACAGGAGAAGGGCUGUCACUGAGCACCCAGGAGAGGAAGCAGCUGGCAGAGGAGUGGGUGACCAAAGGGAAAAACAAGUUGGAUCAUGUGAUCAUUCACGUGGGAGCAUUAAGUCUACCAGAGGCAAAGGAACUGGCCAAACAUGCAGCUGCAAUAGGAGCCAGUGGUAUCGCUGGGAUCGCACCCUUUUUUUUCAAACCUACAAACAAAGAUACACUGGUUGCUUUCUUACGGGAAGUUGCAUCUGAAGCCCCUGGCAUUCCAUUUUAUUACUAUCACAUUCCUCCUUUAACAGGUGUAAAGAUUCGUGUUGAGGAGCUGCUGGAUGGUAUAAAAGAACAGAUCCCCACCUUCCAGGGGGUGAAGUUCAGUGACACAGACCUCUUGGACUUUGCACAGUGUGUGAAGAACAACAAAGAGCAAUUUGUGCUACUCUAUGGGGUGGAUGAGCAUCUGCUGAGUGCACUGGCAAUAGGAGCAUCUGGGGCAGUUGGAAGCACAUACAACUAUCUGGGCAAAAAAAACAACUUGAUGUUGGAGGCUUUUGCAAAGCAAGACCUUGCAUUAGCACAACGGUAUCAGUUCUGUACUGGAGAAUUUCUCAGCUUUGUAUUCAAACUAGGUUUUGGUGUUGCACAGACUAAAGCAGUCAUGACUUUUACCUCAGGGAUUCCAAUGGGUCCCCCACGGCUUCCACUCCUGAGUGCCUCUGUAGAUUUUAUUGAGAAAGCAAAAGCUAAAAUGGAGAGCCUGAUUGUGUGACUGUCCCAGCAGUUGAUCUGAUAUUAAUGUGGAUCUGGAGGUUUGGGGCCUCUGCUUUCGUGAUUCAUCACUCAAAGGGUUCUCCUUGGGGGACACACUGACUCAAUGAGAUUUCCAUCAGUGAAUUUGUAAUAAGUGGUUUCCUAACAGGGAUGGCCUUGUUAGCCUAUGUCUUGCUUUCUUUCCUUUAGCAUUACCCAAAGGGGGAACCUUUUAUAAUACAGGUGAAUUCUGUUUAUCUGAAUGGCCUGGAGGACAUCAGAGACCUUUGGAUAACCAGGUGUUCAGAUAAAUGGAAGUGCUAUUUUUAGCUGCAGUUUCACAGGUCUGGUCUACACUUCAAACUGAGGUCAGCCUAGCUACGUUGUUAAGAUGCCCUAAUCUCUCUGGUAGAUGUGGCUAGGUUAAUGGAAGAAUUCUUCCGUUGACCUAGCUACUACCUCUCGGAGAGGUGGAUUACGCCUAUUGAGGGGAAACCCCCUUCUGUCGCUGUAGGAAACGCCUACGCUAUGGUGCUCCAGCGGCACAGUUCCAGUGCCAUAUCAGUGCUGCCUGAGUGGCUGUAGUGUAGACAAAGCCACUGUUUCAUGCUGCAGUGAUGCCAGACCCAGAGGGAGGAGGGGCAAAAAGGAUCUGGUAUCGCUGCGGAAUGAAAGGGCAGGGGGGUGAGGGGGAAGGCAAAGAGGAGGAUGACAGAGAAAAGAAAGGAGGUAGAGGGGAAGGAGCCGCAGGAGACAGGAGCCUUCUUGACAGCCCAGGAUUCCACAAGCACCAGUACAAAUACUGUAGUGAGGGGUACAGCUGCCUGGCUCCCUCCCCCACAGCUGUAAGUGCUAGAACCAAGGAGGUUUUUGUCUCCUGCAGCUAUUUCUCCCCUCUCUUAACUACAUUUUGGAUCCCCAAGAGUGUGAUCUGAAAGAACAGUGUAUUUCCCCCAUGCACUUAAUGAGCCGCUAAGAGGUUAUCUGAAUGAGCACAAUUAAUCGGGAUAUUCAGUUAAUUGAAAUUUGAACUUUGCCUGUAGUUGCCUCUGCCCUAUGGUGCACAAAAGCAAGGUAUGCUUCUAAAGAAGCAAACGUAUAAGGGUAUGCCUGUACGGAAAAUGCUACAGCAGCACAGCUGCAGUACUUCAGCGUAGACACUACUUACCCCGAUGGAAGGGGUUGACAUAAGUUAUACCAACAUAAGUGGUAGUGUAGACAUAGCCUGACUCUCUGCUGAGGAGGAAGGUUCCUUGCUGGAAUUCUGAGUUCCUCUGGAAAGGGAAGAGGACUCUCCGACUUCCAGAAUUUCCAUCUACUAUGACAGUCCCAACCCCCUCCCUCUUACCCCCCCCCCCGACACUUUUUUAUGAUGCUGGGACAUGGGUGAAGUAAUGUGCCUCUUGUACUCUGACAUGACAUCAUUCUGCUCAGCCUGGUAUUUUAGUGCAGCUGUUAUGUCAUAUAAACCUAUAAAAACUCCAUUUUUACCAGUGAGUAAAAGGAAUCAGGUUAAUGUGCCCAGAACUCCCAGAAGACAUUCUUCUUCCAUAAGCUUCUUUCCCUUUAUCUCUCCCCUCCAUUUUCUUGCUCUCCCUGUAUUUCCUCAAACAAAAAAAUUAACUCUUUUGUGACAGAAGGCACUUGCUCCAUCUUGUUUCCAGCAUGUGCUGGCUAAAGCAGCACCAGGAAUUGAACCAGAAGUUCUACAUGGCAAUGCAAAGCACUACCACUUCUUACAAAUGUCACUUAUUGCUGAUGUUAAGGGGCCCUCUACACAUAUUGGACCUAAUGCACCACUACACUCUGUGUAUUUGUUUACACCUUGGCAAAAUGCUACCAUCUAGGUACCUGGAGAAUUUUGAUUUGAUAGCAUUUUAUACCCACUUUGCAUAGGUAAGAAUGACUGCACGUACAAGGCAGGGAGAAUCAGGUCUGAGAAUCUGAUCUGUUGCUAUUUUAGUAUCCAAGGAUUCUGGGUAACCUGGAGAGGAACAUUCCAUUAACUUCUUCAGUUUGGCAGUAAUAAUCUCACUUUCUAUCUGCAGAACACAAACUGUAGAAGCCCUGACUGAGUUAGAUGAUUGACAAGAUUUUUCUCCUGAAUCUGUAAGGCAUGUAGGUAAGCUUCCCUGGUGGGUCAAACAUGGAAGAAGGUGGCCUCUGAAAUAGCAAAGAGCACUGCACAUUUGAAACUGUUCCUUGCACAACCAACCAUUGAUUGGCGCAAGCGUGCUGAGAGCCAACAUGAUAAAAAUCAUAGAAAAAAAUAAGACUGUGCACACUCCCAGAUUCAGCUAUUUUAGGAGAACUCUACUGUGUAUUCCUUAAAGCUUUUACUUUGAUGUUUUUAGGUUCUCUAAUCCAAAUGAGAUUCUCUAUUGCUGUUCCAAUGUUAUGCACAUAACAAUACACUGUUACUUACUUUCUGCAUAUUUUAAUAUAAUGUAUAGAUGCAUCUAAGCAUGAGAUCUUCAAUUGAAUAACUUUUCUAACAGACCCAAAUUAUUCCUGGUAUUUUAAGUCUGUCUUGGUCUGCUUAUACAAAUCUCCAGAUAUUAAACUGUGUUUACAUCUGAAAUUUUGUUUAACGUUUCAAUGAAAUUUCUGUAUAUUUUCUUAGUGAUCAUUAAAAGCAUUCUUAAAAA